AUGAGUCUCAAAGGCGUGGGAAAGAGUAUAACUCGAGCCCCACAACAGUUUAAGCAGCGCUUCAAUAUCGGCGAUAAUACAAAAGAUGCAGUCUACAUUGAUGCCGAGAGACGCUUUCAGGAGCUGGAGAAGGAGACCAAGAAGCUGCACGACGAGUCGAAAAAGUAUUUUGAGGCCAUCAAUGGCAUGCUGAACCACCAGAUCGAAUUCUCGAAAGCCAUCCAGGAGAUUUAUAAGCCUAUAUCUGGCCGUGUCUCCGACCCCAACUCGCUCAUCCCAGAAGGCAACCCGGAAGGAAUUCGAGCCUGCGAAGAGUACGAGUCGAUUGUGCGCGAACUACAGGCCACACUGCAGCCAGAGUUGGAAAUGAUCGAGCAGCGAGUAAUAGCGCCAGCUGACCAGUUACUCGAAGUCAUCAAGGUUAUCCGCAAAAUCAAUACCAAGCGCGAUCACAAACAGCUCGACUUUGACCGACACCGAGCCACCCUCAAAAAGCUGCAGGACAAGAAAGACAAGACCCUCAAGGACGAAAAGGCUCUUUUCAAGGCAGAAAACGACGUCGAACAAGCUACACAGGACUACGAAUAUUUCAACAACUUGCUCAAAGACGAACUGCCCAAGCUGUUUGCGCUGGAAGCCGAAUUCAUCCGGCCUCUUUUCCAGUCCUUCUACUACAUGCAGCUCAACGUUUUCUACACUCUCCAUGAGAAGAUGCAAGCCAUCAAUAUUGGGUACUUCAACCUCAAUCUGGACAUUGAGGAGGCAUUCGAGAUGAAACGCGGGGAUGUCCAGGAACGCGCAGAGGCGCUCUCGAUCGUGCACUUUAAGAGCACAGGUGGAGUAAAACCUCGUGGAGUGUCGAGAUACGGACUGGGGCUCUCGAAAGCCAAGGAAGCGGAAGCAGGUAAAAGCUCUUACGCAAGUCGGAGGACAAGUCAUCUCGAGGACGGCGUUUCCAACCCGCCUCCGCCUUACUCUCCGACUGGCUCAGCAAGUUUGCCCAGCAGCCCUGCAAUAGGAAGUCCUUCGCUGAAUGCGGCCAUCGCUGCAAAGGGCAAGCCUCCACCACCUAAACCCAAACCAAGCCGUCUCAGCGGUGUACCCAACGCCGAGACUUGCACCGCCUUGUAUGACUACGAGGCGCAAGCAGAAGGAGAUCUCAGUUUCAUGACCGGGGACGUCAUCGAGAUCACCUCGAGGACACAGAACGAGAAUGAGUGGUGGACGGGGCGAGUCAACGGACGAGAAGGGCAAUUUCCUGGUAUGUGUAGCCUGUUUCAAUUUUCAGAAGGCAUGACUUUGAAGAGCUGA